GCUGGAGAGUAGGUGAUCGCGCGUCAUGUAUUAAAGUCUAUAUAUUUCGCACAUAUAUGGACAUCAUACAGCGAGUAUAUGGAUCAUAUACAGCGAUGCGAUGUGCGGGAUCACUGGAAGAACAUCACUGAUGUCUGAUGCGGUGACUCAUUUAACAGAGUAUUUUGGCAGGGCAUUGGUAUGGUCCAGUAAUGAAUGGUGACGCGGCUCCCAGCAGCCCAGAUCAUUCCUGCUGCCCGCUGCCUGACUGGAGGAAGUUCUGUGAGCUGCAUGCACAAAUUUCUGCCACCGAUUUCGCCUACAAGUUCCGCCGCUUCAUCAGCGAGAAUCCCUGCUACGACUCACCCGGCGCAGAUGCCAGCUUCUCGCAGCACUUCACCCAACACUUCUUAACCUGCUUCUCUGCUGCCCUCGAGCAAGUGCAGGGUGCCGGGUCACCGGGCGACACCUCCACCCUGAAGUACAGCAUCGUUCCAUUCGUGGGCAUCCAGGGCUGCACGUUGCCCUUCACCCACAACUUUUACCGGCAUCGCAAAGAAGUGGGGGCAUCGAGCGAAUCGCUGGACAGCAUGGACAGCGGAGGGGGCAGAGCCAGUGGACAGGACCCACAGAUGCCCACUCGUAAGAUGACCGGAGUCAGUCAGUCGAGGAGUUCAGAGGACGUGUCGCUCGGGCAUCGCAAGGCGCGCUUCAAGAAAGGCUUCUCCCUGCGCAACAUGAGUCUAAGCGUGGUGGAUGGAGUGAAGGAGAUCUGGCACCGCAGGGCAUCUCCAGAACCCGACCUCUUGAGCGGCUCCAGGAGAUCGAACUGCGGUGAGGUUGUGGGGGCGGAGCACUGGAGCCAGAAGCUGCGUCUGCCACGUGGCGCUCAGGGUCACAGGAUGGAGCUGCUGGAGAUCCAGCGUGAGGGCGUGCUCAGAUACAUGGUGGCCGAUGACACUCACUGCAUGGGUGCUGCGCAGUGGCAGAAAUGCAGGUUGCUCUUGAGGAAGAGCGCUGCGUUCGUGGACACUGGAGAGAAGUUCCUGCUGGAGUUCUACGUACCACCAAAGUCAUCCAAACCCAAAGUGAGUGUUCCUCUGUCUGCCAUUGUGGAGGUGAGGACCACGAUGCCACUAGAGAUGCCUGAUAAAGACAACACGUUUGUGCUCAAGGUAGAAAAUGGUGCUGAAUACAUCUUGGAGACCAUUGACUCCCUGCAGAAGAACUCGUGGGUAGCUGAUAUCCAGGACUGUAUAGACCCGGGGGACAGUGGAGACGAUAUUGAGCUCUCAUCAAGUGCUCACAGUCAAGCGCUCAAAGAUUUCUCACUGGUGUCAUCAUGUAGUUGUGAGCAGCUCUGUGACGUUUCACAGCAGCCAUCGGAGCGCUUGCAGUGCAGUAAUGCAGCUGAUCACACUACAGCUCACUGUGAAGAGACACCAGUUACACAACACCCUUCACACGUGCCCUUAGAGCGAUUCCUGCAGUCGCCCGAUGCCCACAACACUAACACAACUGCAGGAAGUCCAGAUGAAGCUCAGAGAGAAGCAGAAGCUGAUGUCAGUUUGGUGGGUUACCCGUGGUUUCACGGGACACUGACACGGGUGCGUGCGGCUCAACUCGUUCUCACCGGUGGCGCUCACAGUCACGGCCUGUUUGUGAUCCGUCAGAGCGAGACACGACCUGGAGAAUAUGUGCUCACGUUCAACUUCCAGGGCAAAGCAAAGCACCUGAGGUUGUCAGUAAAUGAUAACGGUCAGUGUCACGUCCAUCAUCUGUGGUUUCACACCGUCACUGACAUGUUGCGACACUUUCACACACAUCCCAUUCCUCUGGAGUCUGGCGGAUCUACCGACAUCACGCUACGAUCAUAUGUACAAGUCCAGAGAUCAACUACAGAUGUUUCGUCUCAUGUAUCGUCACCCUCCCUGCGGGAUGUUUCCGUCUGUCGGUCUGAAGUUGCUGUGUCAUCAGACACGCCCCUGUCAUCCAGUGCGUCAUCAUCACCGAUGGCUCCACCCCCCGCUGGACUGCACAGCCGCAGCAACAGCGCAGAGAGACUGCUCGAACCUGCCGCCAAUAGUGCAGACGAUUACCACGACAACGACGGCUCGCGACGGGCUCGCGCGGUGGAGAACCAGUACUCCUUCUAUUAACGACAGCUGUCAAUCAAACUGUCCAUGGAGCCUAGUGAUUAUUAGUCUUAUGAAACACAUUGUGUGGUUUGUUUCUUGUUUAUUUAAACUGUUGCAUCAAAUCCUGAACUAGUAGCAGAAACAGCACACUUUGUCUUUUUAAUUCCUUUGUGUUGUUUGUGAUUUGAUGCGUGUGAAUAUGCUUUAAUGUUUAAUAAAAUAUCCCACGAAAAUUCUUGUUUUUAACAUAUUUGCACAAACUUAUUUAUUGCCUAAUUUAACAAGUCAUCUAUCAACAAAAAUAAUUCACAAAAUGUCUAAACAAAAACUCAUACUGCUUUGGAGAUUUGCAGAACCAGAGGAACAUGUUAUUGCUCAGUUGUUUCUCCUAACAAUCUGAGCACAGUUUGAGACAUUGUUGAGAUCUCUUGUGAAACUCUAGAGGACACAUGUGUGAGAUCGCAUGGAGUCUUUUUCUCAAGAGAAACAUCUUCAGCAAGUCUCCGUUUGCCCUCCAUUUAGCCUCAUGGCAGUCAAAGAAACCGUUGAGAUAUUAAAGCUGUCCAUAAAACUCAGGGUCUUGUGGUGGUUUGAGUCGCUCCAGCUCUCAUUCUCACAAAUGUCUCACAGAUGUCUUCAUGUUCACACGGUGUCUCUGGUACAGCGGUUGAAAUGACUGAUGAAAAACAAACACUUUCACCACUGUCAAUAUACAGUUUUUGGGCAGCUGUAGAAUUGUUCGGUGUUUUCAGAUCUCAUCGUUCCUGUUGUCCUGAUACGGAUGUUUGCUGGUAAACUUUAUGGAUGUGUAUUCAUGAUGAAAAGUGAAAUCUUCCUCACCUCACAUGAUCCACCAGUAGAUCUGACAGAUGUUUGUCCUGAAGCGUCUUGUGCUGGUCUGACAUGAGUAAAUGAUGUUGUGGACAGUAGAGUUAUUGACUGCACUUUCAAACACUUCCAUAAACCUUCAUCAGUCUUUCUCUCAUGCACACCUGAAGAACAAAGAUCAGACCCGACCGCAUCUGUGUGAUGUGUCUAUUAACACUUCAUUUCUAAAUGAGAUUCAUUAGACAUUUCAGAUAAAAAUGUUGGGAUUUACUAACUGCUCCCGCACAUAGUGCAUUUGUGUCGAUUUACACAAAUAAAUGCAAAAUGUGAUUUUUCCAUGCCAAAACUCAUCAGUAUUUCAUUAAUAAUGACCAAACAUGUAAAGACAAAUGUUUUAAGGGGUGUAAUAACUUGUCACGUGGUAAAUUUAUUGAAGCCCUUAAUCUGGAUUUCAUAAACAUCUCCUCAAACAUCCUGAUCUUCAUCCUUCAUAAAAAUCAACACAUUCACAACAUUUUACUGUUUGUUAACGGUCAACAUCACUGACAGAUUAUGUUUGUCAAGACUGUUGUGAUACGAUGGACAGGAAGUGAGGUGGAGCAUGUUUCCUGUGCAGCUUUGUGAUUCUCAUCAUCUGUUCAUGUGUCUUAAGUUGGUUCUCUGUCAGUCAUUUGGAUGCUGCUUUCGUCUCGUGGUAUUUUGAGGACAUUUCUCAGAAGCUCAUGACCAAAUUGAAUAAAACGACCUUUUCAGUGUUUGCACAGUUUGUACAGUGACUAUAUGUAACAUGUCUGCUUCGUUAUAUCACAUUUAUGAUGUCAUUUCCGCUCAACAGCUUCAAACAUGUUUCAUCUCUCUGAAUGAUAUCCAGAUGAACACAUGAACAUCUCAUUCACAGUCACAAGUGUUAGUGAUUUUGUUCAGUUUGAUGCCUCCCAUCCAUAUGCUUUUACAGCUCAUUAAAGUCUUAAAAUGGACAGAACCAAAAUGGCAUGGACUUGGUAAAUA